AUGUCUAGUACGGAUUUCUUUCUCUUGUCGUGUAUGGACAGCGGUGAAAACUCCAAUGUCGUCCUCCACGAAGAGUUCUGCGUCGUCGGUCCCCUCGACCCCAGCAGCAGCCACUACCACGACUGCGAUGAGAUCGACAUCGCCGAGAUCUACGGUGACGGGAACAAACAAGCCGAGUUCACCUUCUACACCGGCUCUGGCUCGUACAUCCCGGGCCAGCAACCGAAGCACCAGGGCGGCGGGGUGUACACCGACACCACCAAUGGCGCGGCUGGCCAAGAGUUUUACGAGUACCAGGUGUAUUUGGAACGGGGAAGAAUCUCACGUUCACUAUUGCGGAUGUGA